CGCCCGCCCGCCCGCCCGCUUCCAUAAACUUCCCGUUCAAUCCAGGCAGAACCCUCCCCGCUGAAGCUUCCGGAUCCCCAAUCGGAGGCCGGCCGCUGGUGCCUCUAACUCCGCCUCGGCCCUCCUUAUCUGCGAAUCCGGAAACCCUACCAGGAGAGCAGCUGCGGUGGCCAUGGCGAUACGCAGUCACCUGGCGGGCCAUGUUCGCGCAUUCUAGAAGCGCGCGCAAAACCCUACACUCUUCACUCUCGGGUGGUGAGAGAUGGCGGGGGAGCUGGGUCAGCAGACCGUGGAGCUGGGGACGGUGGUGCGGCAGGCGGCGGAGGAGUCUUACCUGGCGCUGCGGGACCUCGUGGAGAAGUCGCGGUCACCGGACACCGAGGGGGAGGGCGGGCAGCAGAGGUCGGAUACGGAGAAGAAGAUCGAGCUGCUCAAAUUCAUCGACCGUACCCGCCAGCGCAUGCUCCGCCUCCAUGUCCUCGCCAAGUGGUGCCAACAGGUCCCCUUAGUUCUUUACUGCCAGCAACUUGCGUCAACCCUCUCCAGCCAUGAAACAUGCUUCACCCAAACAGGCGACUCACUAUUCUUUAUGCAUGAAGGAUUGCAGCAGGCCCGUGCUCCCAUUUUCGAUGUUUCAUCUGCUAUAGAAGUCAUACAUACAGGGAGCUAUAGGAGAGUGCCAAAAUGUGUGGAGGAAAUAGGUACUCAGAAUACACUUUUUCAAGAUGAGCGAAAGCCGACAUUGAAGAAAUUAAGCACCCUUGUGCGGGCUAAAUUACUUGAAACCAUGGUUCCUAAAGAAAUAUCCGAGGUUUCGGUGACUGAUGGAAUAGCCAAUGUUCAGGUAGAUGGUGAAUUUAAAGUCCUCCUUACUUUAGGUUACCGUGGGCACUUCUCGCUGUGGAGGAUAUUGCACAUGGAGUUACUUGUUGGUGAGAAGACCGGGCCUAUUAAGCUUGAAGAGACAAGGAGGUAUGUUUUGGGUGAUGACAUUGAACGAAGAAUGGCUGUGGCUGACAAUCCCUUCACAGUUUUGUAUUCAAUUCUCCACGAGCUGUGCAUCUCUUUUGUUAUGGAUACUGUAAUUAGACAGACUAAUGUUCUACGACAAGGUAGAUGGAAAGAAGCAAUAAAAUCUGAACUUAUCUCGGAUAGUCAUACUAGUGCAGGACAAGGUGGGAAUAAUGCUCCAGUGCAGCUAGGUCAAGAUGGAGAGCUUGAUUCGAGUGGUUUUAGGAUACCUGGUUUGAAAGUAAAUUAUUGGCUGGAUGAAAGAAACAGUGGUUCAGCAGAAUCUGAUUCGUCUCCAUUCAUUAAAGUUGAGGCACUGCAAGAUAUGCAGAUAAAGUGUCAGCACAGUUCAUUUGUAUUGGACCCACUUACGGAUAAAGAAGCUGAUCUUUCUCUUGACCUGAGUUGCAUUGAUGUUGAGGCACUUAUUUUCAAAGCAAUUGCUUGCAAUAGGCACACACGUCUUCUGGAAAUUCAAAGGGAGUUGAAAAAAAAUAUUCAGAUUUCUCGAUCACCAACUGAUGUUGUUCUGAAACGGGAAGAAGUUCACAUGAACAUCCUGCAAAAGAGAAUGGAUAGAAGGGACUUCGAGAAUUGUUGCACAAAUGAAGUGCUUCAGGUUAGGGCAUAUGGACAAUCCUAUAUUCACCUCGGAAUAAAUAUCAGGAGUGGUGGUUUCCUCCUGCAAUCACCAAAAAAUAUAUUGCCACCUUCUGCAAUAUUAGAAUCUGAAGAAGCUCUAAACAAAGGCAGCAUAACACCCCCUGAGGUUUUUGUGAGCUUAAAGACCAGAAGCAUCCUCCACUUAUUUGCUGCGACUGGAAGGUUUUUGGGCCUAAAGGUUUACUCUCAGUAUCAGAUUACUCUGAAGAUACCGAAAUCUAUACUGUAUGGUUCAGAUUUUAUGGUUAUGGGAAUUCCUUGGCGUGCAAAUGCCUAUUAUCUUCUGAUGCAACUUGAUAACAGCCUCAUGCCGGUUUUUUAUUUGCUUGAGGUGCAUGCUGAUGGAGAAGACAGGUCUAAUGCUGAUGCAACUAGUGAUGCUAAAGAAGCUGUAAGGUUUAACAGAAUUGACAUUGGGCAGAUGAAAAUAGGUGAAGAUGAAUGCAGUGCAAAUCUUCUCGAUGUAGACAAAUUACAGGUGCUACAAAGCAUGUUAAACCCCAGAAGCAUGGAAGAUAGGUCUCCCAUACAAAGUGAAAUUGACGAUUCUCUUCCUCUAAAGCCUUCAUUUUCUUCUAUUGUUAACACGGUAUUAGGAUAUGAGCGAGGUUCGCCAAGUAAAGAAAAUUGUCUGUCUUAUAAUCCGCCCUCUACUCAUUUGAGUUCUCUAAAAGUUGGUUUUCAGGGGGUUAGCGGUAGAGCUUGCCCACCUGAACUGGAUGAUGGCUUACUACAUUCUAACAUCGAGGCAGCAAAAGUUAAUUCUGGUGUCACUUUGAACAGUUACCUGCUGAGCAAUUCGAAGUUUGCACAUAGUACACAGACAUCUGGUUCAGUACCUGCAGGUUUGGAGAAUCUUUCCACUUUGCGGUCUGAAGUUGCAUUUGGAAAGAGACCUCUUUCGGAGUUCUUGUUGAAUAUCCCAUCAUUACAACCAGCAAUAAUAAGUGGUGGGCCAAGCAAGAGAAGAAAACUGCCAGAAGAUGCAAGCAGCAUGCAACCUGAAACAACCCUUACCUAUGGAACUAUACUCACAGAAGGAAAUUGGUGUAUUACAGAAAAUAUUUAUGCUUCUGUGCUUCUUCAAGUCAUAAAGCAUUGUUUACUUUGUAUCAAAUACGCUCAACUGACUACGCAGAUGAAUUCUCUUAACAUUCCAUAUGUAGAAGAAGUUCGUCUGGCUACACCCUCCUCUAAUCUUUGGUUACGCCUGCCUUUCGCUCCAGAUGGUUCCUGGAAACACAUAUGCUUACGUCUGGGUAAAGCUGGAAGCAUGUCGUGGGAUGUUAGGAUCAACGAUCCAUACUAUAGUGCUCUGUGGAAACUUCAUGGAGGUAGCACUACUGCAGAAUGGGGUUCUCGUGUUCGUAUUGCAAACACUUCUGAGAUGGAUUCACACAUCUCUUUUGACGAUGAUGGGGUUAUUUUAACUUACAACUCUGUUGAGGUUGAUAGUAUACAACGGCUAGUCUCAGAAUUACAGCGGCUUUCAAAUGCUCGUGUGUUUGCUUGUGGAAUGAGGAGAUUGGUUCGUGUUAAAGUAUAUGAGAAGCUAGGUCAGAAUCAGUUAGCUACAAAGACGAAGUUAUAUUCUGCAAAAAAAUCUUUCAGGGACAGGUUAUCUGACCAGAUGACUAAAACUUUCCGUAUUGAUGCUGUUGGUUUGAUGAACUUGUGGUUCAGUUAUGGUGCCAAUGCCAUGCCUAUUGUUCACUUUGUUGUUGAAUGGGAGGCUGGUAAGGUUGGUUGCACGAUACGUGUUUCACCAGAUCAUCUUUGGCCACACACAAAGUUUUUGGAGGACUUUGUGAAUUGCAAUGAAGUAGAUUCAUUGUUGGAUUGCAUCAGGCUGACAUCAGGUCCUUUACUUGCCCUUGGUGGUGCAAUUCGUCCUGCAAAGAUGCCUGCUGUUCCUGCUGUUUGCAGUUCUGCACAAAAGCAAAACGGUGUUCUUUUGGCAAGUGGUUCAUCAUCAACCACUGUACAUACAAACAGUCAUGAUGCUCAGACUUCCUCUACGCUCUCUGCUGCAGGACGAACUGUGCCUGGAUUAGUUCCUAGUUCUUUGAUGCCUUUUGAUGUUUCUGUUGUUCUCCGCGGACCAUACUGGAUACGCAUUAUAUAUCGCAACAAGUUUUCUAUUGACAUGCGCUGCUUUGCUGGGGAUCAGGUAUGGUUGCAGCCAGCAACCCCUCCGAAAGGUGGACCUUCAGUUGGUGGAUCUUUACCUUGCCCACAAUUUCGGCCCUUUAUAAUGGAGCAUGUUGCUCAGGGUCUAAAUACUCUGGAGCCUAGCUUUCUGAAUGCUAGACAUACUGUUCCUCAUUUGAAUGCUAGUGCCAAUACAUUAUCUGGAAGUCAACAAGUAGUUACUACUCUGAACCCCUUGAGUGGUGGCACUCCUGGGGUAGUUAAGCUAAUACCAAGUGUUGGUAGUCCGGUAGCACCCAGUGUGAGUAGAGGAGGCAACGCCAUGCUGCCUUCUUCAGGAUUUCCUUCAGGGACUGCUGGAGCUUCUGCACACCUUUCUUCCGGCACAAACCUUCCUGUGCAUAUGAAAGGAGAAUUGAACACUGCUUUUAUUGGACUUGGGGAUGAUGGUGGCUAUGGUGGUGGCUGGGUUCCUCAUGCUGCUCUUAAAAAGGUGCUGCGAAGCAUUCAUAAGUACCUUGGAGUGCUAUGGUUAUUUGCACAAUUUCCUGAUCUUCUGAAAGAUAUAUUGGGGUCAGUUUUGAAAGACAAUGAAGGUGCACUUCUGAAUUUGGAUCAGGAACAGCCAGCAUUGCGCUUCUUCGUGGGCGGUUAUGUCUUUGCAGUUAGUGUUCAUCGAGUUCAACUGCUUCUUCAAGUUCUUAAUGUGAAGAGGUUUCAUCACCAGCAACAGCAACAGCAAGCUCCUCAGAGCAGUACUCAGGAAGAGCUAACACCAUCUGAGAUACAUGAGAUAUGCGACUACUUUAGCAGAUGUGUUGCCUGUGAACCUUAUGAUGCUUCUAGGGUUGCUUCUUUUAUCAUGUUGCUUACUCUGCCCAUCCCAGUUAUACAAGAAUUUCUGAAACUAAUUUCAUGGAAUAAAAGCUUGUCCCAGCCUCAUGGGGACAUUGGUACUGCACAGAGGGCACGGGCUGAGCUUUGUUUGGAAAAGCACUCAAGAUCAUUUUCAGGCGAUUAUACUGAAACUUCUUUACCAACCAAGAGUAAUAUUCAGCAUGACAGAGCCAACAAUUCAGUAGAUUUCACUGUAACUUUCAUACUUGACCAUAAUCUUACACCACAUAUGAGCUCAUCUGGUGGAGCCGGUUGGUUGCCAUAUUGUGUUUCUCUGAGAUUAAGGUACACCUUUGGGGACAAUAGUCAUGUUGCAUACCUUGCAAUGGAUGGGAGCCAUGGUGGUAGGGCUUGCUGGUCACAACACGAGGAUUGGGAGAGGUGUAAGCAGAGUGUUGUUAAAGCAGUGAAGGCAGCGAAUGGAUCUCCAGCAACUGGAGAGUCAGGCCAAGGAAGGCUGCAAAUGGUUGCCGAAAUGACCCAAAAGCAACUGCAACUGUCCCUACUGCAUUUAAGAGAUUGCUCACUUUCUGCUGGCUCGACUUGACCAUGAAAUGCAUAUUUUGGAUGCUUGUAGUCAGACUAAGGAUUUUUGUGAAGGUAGUUGAUGUUCACUACUGAAGGGUCCCUCCAAUGUUCGACAUUACGGUUGCUGACAGUGUAUUUUCAGCAGAGGGCUCGUCAUGUUCCAACUAUUGUUUACUGUUACGCUCUACGGUGCCUCAAAAUUCUGUGCAGUUCACCUUUGUAGAUAGUAUACUGCUGAUCACAGCUUAUCUUACAACCUCCGAAAAAAAAUGCAUGAGGAAGACAAUACAUCUCAGGACCAGAAGCAGUAGCAUGAGUGUACAGUUCCUAAGAUGACCUCAGACUCAGAGAACUUGCCUGGUCUUUGCUUAUGCAGGAACUCAAGACAUUGUGAUGAUUGCUGCACUUUAAGGUUAGGGAUGGGGUGUUUUGUUUGGCGACUUCAGACUGACUUUUCUGGUCUUGCUUAGGCAGGAACUCGAGACAAUGGUUAAAUAAUUUUUGUUUGAGAUGCAGGGGAGGUGUGAUGUAGACUGUGAUGGAGCUUGACCAAGUGUUAGGGUAGGACUGCGAGAUGUGACAGAUGCUAUGGCACAGCUGAAGAAUGAAAACACUGGAAAGUGUUGGUUUCAGUCUGCACAGUCUGAUUUUUGGGUCGUAUCUUCCUCUCUUCCAUGAAAUUGACCCAAGUGAACCAUUUAAAAAUUUGGAAAUUUUAAGGUAUCUGUGUAGUUUCAUUCCCAUAAGGCACUUCGAUGGAGCUUCAGUACCAAAAACAAGCUCUUCUUGGUUACAUAACUAAUAGGUUGCUGUGAUGACUGGACACCUAUGCCAAUGUUGUAUGCCAGCAUGUGGUAGACUUGUUUUGAAGUUGCAGCUUAUGUUGCAUGUAUUGUUGACAAUUGAAAAGGAGUGGAAAUAAAUUGCCAUUUUCUGUCC